AUGGAAGGAUCCGGGAAGCUGCACCCGCAAGGCAAACGUCUGCGAGUGAUCAUCCUGGCCACGCCUUUGCUCGUUGUCAGCACAUUUGUAUUGUACCAGAGAUUGUAUCUGGGCGUCGAACAAAAGUCGAGCGAGGGAGGCAGAGUCAAUCCGAUGGCGAACAGCAACAUCAAGCGCUUCGGAAAGUCAAAAGAGCCAAAUGACGAAGAGGAGCGCGCAAGGACACGAUAG